AUGGAUCGAAAACAAAUUGGAACACCUACUUAUUUGUAUUAUUGUGGUACAUUUCAGUUACUCAAUACCACAUCAAUAGGUAACUUUAGUACACCAAUUUUGCAGUGUUUAGAAGAUGCUUCAUUAUCAAUUUACGACAUUGACUACGUAAGUUCAAAUGGAAACUACACAUGUGUUGAUCUUAAGAGUCAUAAAGCAUAUUGGUGGAGCACUUGCAGAGAAAAACGAGAUGCUUCAAGUUAUCAUUUCUUGGAUAACAACAAUAAAAUAGUUAUAGGAACAAACGGAUUAUUAGAUUUGAAGGUAGAUGGAACUGUCAACUUCAUUUCAUUAUCAAAUACCCAAUUAGCAAUAGAUUCUUCAAUAAAAUAUCUCGAUGCCUUCGCAAACAGUCAUAAAUAUGCCCUAAUUGAUACAGAAAAGAAAAUACAUAUAUACUUUGAGAACAAAAACAUCAUCCAUUAUCCAGUUACCACUGAAGAACCAAAAAUUAUUUGUUUAACAGAGAAUACAACAGGAAUUUUGUUCAAAAACUAUACAUUCCAGAUAAAAGCAGAUAAUUCCGAUAAGCAAUUUGAGUUUAAAGAUAUCAUUCACGUUGCAUCAUCUGAAGAUCGAUAUGUUGUCGUCACAACAAAGUCAUUAGUAUACGAAAUAUACGAAAAUGGUACUAAGAAACAGAUUUUUGGCUUCCAAGGUACCCCAAUUUCUGCAUUUUGCGGAACAAAGCAUUAUGGAGUGAUUACAUACCAAGGAGAUGCAUUUUUAUGGGGAUGGGGCUUGUCAGGACAACUAGGAAAUGGUGUCUGCAUGAAUCGCGACCAUCCUGUCAAAGCAAAGUUUGAUGAUUCUCUUAGAAUUGUUGCAGCUGACGGAGGAGCAGAAAAUACUGUUUUCCUGGCUGUGAAAGAGAUGUCAUUCACUCCGAUGUUGCCAGAAAUCAUGCAAUCUUCUCCAUUUAUCCAAACAAUCCGAACAACAAUGAAUAUAGAGGGAUUAAUGAAUCCAGAUAAUAAAGAUGUUAAAUUUUAG